ACCAAAGAAAACAAGCAUAAAGUCAUUUCUUUUUUAUAGAAGAAAUGGGUAUUAUGGAUAUGGCUUUGUUUGGUGUACUUUUAGUUAAUGCCCUUCUUCUGGUUGAUGCCUCCAGAAAUAUGCCAUUUGCUUACCAAAGUCAAUUGCAAAGACAUUGUAGCACAACAAAGUACACUUCACUUUGUGUCCAAACCUUACAAGAGUUUGGACAUGGAUCUCUUCAAGGUCUCGACUUUGUGUCUUUCCUUGUCAACAGAACUAUCUCUGACUCCGAUCUGCUAAUUCCUCCCCUCUCCUCUUCGAUGGGUUCCUCCAAACUUGUUUCUCUGGAAGAUUCCACAUAUAAUUUGCCUUCGGCUUCGAUCUCAGAUUUAUGUGAACGGCUCAUGAAGAUGUCUACAAGACGACUUGGGCAAGCCAUGGAAGCUCUCAACGGCUCAUCCAGAAAGCGUCACAACAAACACGACGUCAAAACAUGGCUCUCCGCCGCCAUGACUUUCCAACAAUCAUGCAAAGACUCCAUCCUCGAUUCCCGUGAAACCUCUUCCUCCUCCUCCGUGACCGUUAGCCACAUAACACAGAAAAUGGAUCACCUCUCUCGGCUCGUCAGCAACUCCUUAGCCCUCCUCGACACACUCAUGGAGAAUCCAAAGCCAAAUUCAAAGCCAACCGUUCUUCCCCGGUGGGUCUCCGCCGGAGAACGCAGACUUCUAGCAGGCCGCACGUCUAGAAGAAGAGCACACGUGGUAGUCGCCAAAGACGGAUCCGGAGAUUACCGGACCGUGAUGGAGGCUGUCACAGCUGCCAACGGAAAUGGCAGGUUCGUAAUUUACGUGAAAAGAGGGAUUUACAAAGAGAAAGUACGUAUCGAGAAAGAUGAGAUCACUCUGAUCGGUGAAGGCAAAGACCGGACGGUUAUUGUCGGCGAUGACAGUGUCGCCGGAGGAACUUCCGUGCCAGAAACCGCUACAAUGACGGUUACGGGUGACGAAUUCAUCGGACGAGAUAUCGGAAUCAAGAACACGGCAGGGCCAAGAGGAAAACAAGCCAUAGCAUUAAGCAUCACAUCAGACCGGUCGGUGUUAUAUAGAUGUAGCAUCUCUGGUUAUCAAGACACACUCUACGCAGCUGCUCUGCGUCAGUUCUAUAGAGAAUGCGAUAUUUAUGGAACCAUAGAUUUCAUUUUCGGAAACGCGGCUGCGGUUUUCCAAAGCUGCAACAUAUUCUUGCGUCGCCCUAGUGAUAUCAGGGCCUAUAAUGUGAUUCUUGCAAACGGGAGGACGGACCAGCGUCAAAAUACCGGAUUUGCCCUUCAUAGUUGUAGGAUCCAUACGGAUUUGGAAUUUUCGGCCGUGAAAGAUAUGUAUAGCUCCUACUUAGGAAGGCCGUGGAAGAUGUAUUCGAGGUCUAUAGUGAUGGAAACGUAUAUCGGCGAUGCGAUCGCGGAGGAAGGAUGGGCCGGGUGGUUAAACUCCGGUGAGGAAGUACUAAAGACAUUGUACUUUGGGGAGUUCAAGAAUUAUGGUCCUAAAGCUAGAGUUUCCAAGAGAGUGACGUGGCAAGGGUUUCACUUGAUUGGGUUCGAAGAGGCAAGUUAUUUUAGCGUUGGUAAAUUUCUUGAUGGAGUUUCUUGGUUGCCCUCUACGGGAAUUAGUUUCGCUUCGGGUAUUUAGCUAUACGACUAAGAUACAUAUAUCGAAUGUAAAUUCAGUUUUAUAUGGUCAACAAAAUGCGAUGGUCAUGUGACAUUUGAAAUUAACCCGGUCACUAUAAGUCUACAACUGAGUAGAUGAUAUUAUCGAUAAGUGGUUUUGGAGGA